ACAAUGACUUCCGUGUAUCACAGAGGGAUUUCUCGGAGCGCUAAAUGUAGCUUCGUGCUAGGUUUGUAUCUACACUGUGUUGAGAGGUGUAGCUCUGUUUUGUAAACGCUGCCAUGAAUUAAGACAGAACUGUAAACCCCAUUCCUCUAAACGUCUCGUGGCUGGUUGGAAAGAGAGAGAGAGAGGUGUCAACAAUGUAUGCCUCUGGGAAAUACAGCUCGCGGGGGCCUGCUCUUAUCCCCCGGAUGAAAACCAAGCACCGCAUUUACUACAUCACCCUCUUCUCCGUGGUGCUGCUUGGACUAAUUGCCACCGGGAUGUUUCAGUUUUGGCCCCACUCUAUUGAAUCCGCAGCCGACUGGACCCUCGACAAACGCAGCGUUCACGACGCCCCUUUGGUCCACCUACCUGUCUCCAGUCCCAUUCCCGAGAGAGGUGACCUUAGCUGCCGCAUGCACACCUGUUUUGAUGUGUACAGAUGUGGCUACAAUCCUAAAAACAGAAUCAAGGUCUACAUCUACCCUCUGCAGAAGUUUGUGGAUGAAUUAGGGGUUCCCAUCAGCAGCACGGGACUGUCAAGGGAGUACAAUGACCUGCUCAGUGCUAUCUCUGACAGUGACUUCUACACGGACGAUGUCACCAGGGCUUGUCUUUUUAUCCCCUCUAUUGAUGUGCUGAAUCAGAACUCCCUGCGUAUCAGAGAGACUGCCCAGGCUCUAGCAAUGCUGCCCAGAUGGGACAAAGGGAUGAAUCACCUACUUUUCAAUAUGUUACCUGGCGGCCCUCCAGACUACAACACUGCCUUGGAUGUUCCCAGAGACAGAGCACUACUGGCUGGAGGCGGUUUCUCUACAUGGACCUACAGACAAGGUUAUGAUGUCAGCAUCCCUGUUUACAGCCCCCUCUCUGCAGAUGUUGAGCUGCCUGAGCGACAGCCUGGGCCAAGGCGCUUCUUCAUUCUGUCUUCUCAAACCGCCAUUCAUCGAGAAUAUCGUGCUGAACUUGAGCGCUUGAAGGAAGAAAAUGGAGAAGCAUUGCUCCUCUUGGACAAGUGUAGCAACCUCUCUCAGGGCGCUGCCUCUGCACGAAAACGCUGCUACAAAGGGCAGGUGUAUGACUACCCUCAGAUCCUGCAGGAGUCGUCUUUCUGUGUCGUUUUGCGGGGGGCACGUUUAGGUCAGGCUGCCCUCAGCGAUGUGCUGCAGGCUGGCUGUGUCCCUGUUGUCCUCGCUGACUCCUACAUUCUGCCAUUCUCUGAAGUCCUAGACUGGAAAAGGGCAUCUGUGGUUAUUCCAGAGGAGAAGCUAUCAGAGAUGUACACCAUACUGAAGAGUAUUCCUCACAGACAAGUUGAAGAGAUGCAGAGACAGGCACGCUGGUUUUGGGAGGCCUACUUCAGCUCCAUGAAGGCUAUUGGCUUAACAACACUCCAGAUCAUCAAUGACCGCAUCUACCCAUAUGCUGCACGCACCUACGAGCUGUGGAACAAUCCACCUGUAGUGAAGUGGUCCAGUGUGAACAGCCCACUGUUCUUACCGCUCAUCCCACCAAGAGCACCAGGGUUCACUGCGGUGGUGCUGACGUAUGAUCGCGUUGAAAGUCUUUUCCGUGUAAUCACAGAAAUCUCCAAGGUGCCUAGCUUGGCUAAGCUUCUUGUUGUGUGGAAUAACCAGAACAAGAGUCCUCCAGAGGAGUCUCUUUGGCCAAAGAUUGGUGUUCCCCUCAAAGUCGUGCGGACCAAAGAGAACAAGCUGAGUAACCGCUUCUUCCCCUACGACGAGAUUGAGACAGAAGCUGUGCUUGCAAUCGACGAUGACAUCAUCAUGCUGACAUCUGAUGAGCUGCAAUUUGGCUAUGAGGUAUGGAGGGAGUUCCCAGACAGACUGGUGGGCUACCCAGGCCGGCUGCACCUCUGGGACCAUGAAAUGGGAAAGUGGAAGUAUGAGUCUGAGUGGACCAACGAGGUCUCCAUGGUUCUAACAGGAGCCGCUUUUUACCACAAGUACUUCAACUAUUUGUAUACAUACAAGAUGCCAGGAGACAUCAAGAACUGGGUGGACGCUCACAUGAACUGUGAAGACAUUGCCAUGAACUUCCUGGUUGCUAACAUCACAGGAAAAGCCCCCAUAAAGGUGACCCCCAGGAAAAAAUUCAAGUGCCCUGAGUGUACAGCUAUUGAUGGCCUGUCACUGGAUCAGACACACAUGGUGGAGAGGUCCGAGUGUAUCAACAAGUUUGCCUCCGUUUUCGGUACCAUGCCGCUGAAGGUGGUGGAACACCGUGCUGACCCAGUGCUCUACAAGGAUGACUUCCCAGAGAAGCUCAAGAGCUUCCCCAACAUCGGCAGCCUCUGACCAGCGGGUAACAGACUUUUGGACCGCAGUACAGCCUCGACACUUUAUCAUUUUUUAACAACUUUAUCUUUUAUAUCAUGACAUCAACAUUCAGACUAAAAUAGAACAUGCUGUUUCUCUUCUGCUAAUUUAACUUUUCUUCAGAUUUAACAGAGGGUGGGUAAAAUAAUAUCUUGUAAACAGAGAACACUGAAACGUGGGGAUGGUGAUAAGUGUGAUGAGAGUGGUUUGUUUAUUUAGCCUAUAGUAAAAUAUAUAUUUCAUAUCUUUAUUCUAAUGUAUAGACUAAAGUUACAUAUAUCUAUUGGAGGGUCACCCUGAGUGAUGUUUGACAGACGUGCUGACUGGAGGCUUGUAGUCCCUCACUGUUACUGUUUUGGAGCUGAAACUUCAGGUUCCAGCUGCUCUGGAAUCAGCUUAUACAGUGUACAUAUUUAUAUAUGCAGCAGUGCUGUGUAAUAAUCAUAACUAUGAUGCUCCAACUAAUCAUUUCUUUUCCUUUUCAUACGAUUACUUUCUGAAAACUGUCAUGGACAUUAUCCUUUAUCUGUAAUGUUGUGUAAUUUACAUGAUAUAAAGUAAAUGAUCCAAUGACACACCUAAGUGUGUAGGAUCCGUCUCAUAGUUAAUUGAAUGUGACAGCACACAGCAUGGUGGCUCACAGAUGAUGUACAGUCAUUCUUUUACACAAUCAGAUUGGGCCGUUAGACAAAGCUGGUACAACAAAUCUAAUAUAUGUAGAGUGAGUAACUGCUGAUUUUAAAAUAUUGAUGCUGAGCUACUGGAACAUCUUGAACUGUAAUUUUAUACUGCCUGAGUAAUUCUUUCACUAUAUUUAUAUGUGAUAUAUAUCAAUCUGUAUUGUGAAUAAUAGAGACUUCCCCAGCCCACACAUUUUAAAACAGAUAUCUAUAAACGUUUGAUGCAGUGCUUUUUUUAAUUAUUUUUCCAUUAUGGCUGUUGUGUGUUUUAUAUUUUUGUUCUUUUCAUCACUUCUUGUCCCACAUCCAAUGUUUAGGCUUCAAAAUGGAGAGCAGAUUUCUUGUGAUUUUUUUAUUGUUAUUAUUAUUCCAUUGACAUUUUUAUUUUUAUUUUUUGGGACUGAGUUUAUGUAUCUAAGUGUAAAUAUGACUUUGAUAAGUAAAGACCACAGUAAUGUG